CUCCUCAACCUGGGCAUGAACGUGGAGGUUGUCCAGCCCAACAUUGUCUUCGACAUCGCCAGUCUGAUGCUGUACGGUGCCCACGCCACGCCCGUCAGACUCAAGAUCCUCCUAGACAGGCUCUUCAGUGUCCUGCAGCAUGAAGAGGUCCUGCAGGUCCUACAUGGGUUCGGCUGGUCCUACGAAGAUUACGCCAGAGGAUACAUCUUACAGGAACCAAUGGGUCGUGUUCUGGACAAGUGGUCCAUUGCAUCUCGUGACGAAGAGACUUUGAUAAUUCAGCAGUUCCUCCGGUUCGGCGAGACUAAAGCCAUUGCCCAGGAGAUCAUUCUUGACGACACGAAAGGCAAACACGAACUCUACAGCAAACAGGCCUCUCGCGCUGACUCCGAGAUCAAGAAAUUCAUCGAGCGCAGCAACAUGACGCAGGCUCUGGUGCGACCAUUCAACGCCCGGUCACCAAUAUUCGCUGGGAGACUUCCAUUCAUGACCCCCGGCAACCGACUCAUGACGCCAUCUCCCAUUCAACCAUGCUUCUCCCCAUCUCACGAAGUGCGACCUCUGGCCCUGCCUACCUCGACCCCGCAACCACCUAGCUCUCCUCUAGGUCGCCUUCAGACAAUGCAACCUUUCGAGUACAGAAGGGACCAAGCAAGUCCAUCAGUGAGCCCGGGGACUCUUGACAAAUCGCUGCCAAUGCAGUCACCAAGUGACAGUCCCAAGAACCUGAGCACGACUCCCAGCUCUGUUCAUUCGGGUUCCUCGCCAAACCAAAUGCACAAGAACAACGAGUCCAGUGAGGUUGGCAUGGUGAUGUCUGAUGACGAUGAUGACCACAGUGAUGAAAGUUCUUUCGGGGCAAUUGACUACUCCACAAAAGACGACUCACUGACCACGGACUCGCAUGACAGAAAGUUUUCUCGUCACACACGCAAACCGACUAACCCUAUCAAGAGACAGUGGACCCCAGCCGCAGGGUUUGGCCAGACUCUGAUAGGCCCCAAUGGAAAGAAACGUGUUCUGUGUACGGCCUGCAACAAAACAUUCUGCGAUAAAGGUGCCCUGAAGAUCCACUACAGUGCAGUUCACCUUAAAGAGAUGCACAAGUGUUCCAUCGAUGGCUGCAACAUGAUGUUCAGUUCCCGCCGCAGCCGGAACCGGCACAGUGCCAACCCCAACCCCAAGCUUCACAUGCCACAGAAGCGCAAAGACGAUGAGUCGAGGUUGAACAACAAUGCCCUGGGAGCCAGUCCUCCCUCUAUGGUGGUCCCACAGUCUCUCCUGCCACACGGAUCGCCAAUCGACUCACAGAGUCUGAUGAGGCCAGAUGCAGCUUUCUUCGUGAACAUGACCAAUCAGCUUGCCUUUCUGCACACACCAGAGAAGAAACCCAAACUGGAUGACGACGAGUCCAAGGAUUCAGUGGAACAGGAUGAGGGUCCAACCGAUCUGAGCAAUCACGUGAAAACCGAGCCAGUCGUCAGGAAAGUGGAGGAAGAAGAAGAGGAAGGGCGACCUGAUCCAGGAAACUCUCGUGGAGGGAGUCGCCGGAAGAGUAAUGCUCCAACACGGUGCGCCCAAAUGGAGGAGAUGUACGUCAUGAGUGAUGACAACUCAGAUGACCGCGAUCCGUCUGGGAGCAAAGCUGGCUGUAGAGGUCAGAGGUCAUCUCACUGUGAAGCAAAAGUGGAUUCCAAUGGGCAGUCUGAUCCACCUUGUGUUAAAACGGGAUCUUCUGAUGAAGUUGCUCAGGAAAAGGAAUGUGCAGAUGAGGCAGUGGAGGACUCUGAUGCUAACAAAGACUUGGCGGAGGACAAAACACAAGUGGUUGGCAAAGUGAACCACCAUGCAAUAAGGAAACGAAAUUCAUCCAACUUCCCAAAGAUUGCCUCUCUUUUAUCAAGCUCACCGUGUCCCGAGAACAUUCAAGGAUUAAUAAGCCUCAACAACUCAGGACGACAAGAGGAAGGUCCAUGCUCACCAAAUGGAUGUUCUGACCAGGAAUCGAAUUUCUCUCACUCCUCAGACGAUGGAGGAAGCCUUGCUGAUACUGAAAGUUUUGAUGUGCCUCUCGACAAGGAAAACCCUCGCAAAUGUCCAACUUGUGGAAAGAUAUUUCAGAACCAGUUCGGGGUUAAGGUUCACUUUCAGAAUGUCCACCUGAAGCUAAUGCAUCCAUGCAGUGUGGAGGGAUGUGGUGCUACGUUUCCCUCGAAGAGGAGUCGGGACCGCCAUUCUUCUAACCUGAAUCUGCACCGCAAGCUGAUGUCUACGAGUGAAUGCAAGGACAACAACGACGGUGGAAGCAUGCAGAAUCUACGUGACAAUGUUCUCCAGUCUCUGUAUGGGCCAGAGUUCGUUGAACAGGAUGCGGUGAAGCGGAACGGCCUUGCAGCAUCCACGGGAUCAGGAUCUGCUGGGUCGGAAUGUCACUCUGACGAUGAGGAGGAGGAAGAAGAGGAUGGGGAAUGUGUGCUGAAUGGAGGAGAAGAAGACGAAGAAGAGGAAGAUGGCAAUGAAGACACCGAGCAGCUGGACAUGGAUAACAAGGACUCGGUUGUCUGCCACGUCUGCAAGAGUCAGUUCCGAGACAACCUGGCCCUGAAGGAGCACCUGGAGUUGGUGCAUCCCCGCGAGAUGUUCCGCUGCACGGUGUCCGGAUGCGACAAAGUCUUCUCCACCAGGAAGAGUCGGAGUCGGCACAUCAUCAACGACAACCUACAUCGACACCUGCCCGUCACAGAAACGGCCAACGGGCUGUCUUGACCAGAAUCUCGUCGACCAGUUGAUAAUGACAGGAGCAGUUUGUGAAAAUCUAUACGUAGUUUUUGUGACAAAUACACACACACACGAGACUUUAUAUACUAGUUUCAUUAUUAAUUUAUUACUGUGGUUAGUUUGGUCCAAAUUCAUGCUAAGUCCAUUUAUGACAUGUAGCAUUCAUUAGAGAGACAGUUUGAUGAGUAUUAUUAGCAGCAUUCUUGCAUCAUACCCUUUGCCUGUCUGUCUGUGUCAGACCAGCCUAUACAGAAAACAUAUGCAAGUUGUAGCAUUUAGCAACAAUAUGCAACUUUUAGUGUUUUAGCAAGAAUAUGCAACGAUGUAUGCACAAAGUGCCGUGAUAGAAACAAGAGACGUAUUAUCUGUA